AUGGAUCCUCCGGGCUUAACGACGUCCAAACAGGAAUAUGGACGGGAAGUCGACAGAGUUAAAAGCGGAAAUGGCCACGGAACAGGGCUCAAGGCGAGCGGCAGCGGAGAAUCAUCAAUGAGGCUCUCGAUAGGUUAUACCCCGAUAGAUAAGCCUGAGCAGUUAGCCCGGCUGGCUUUCUUGGAGAUGGGGGAUGAGAAUGCUGCCACCACCAUGGUUCAGUACUUUACUACCUGUACAGCUCAGCUUCGUGGGCGUGUCGUCUACGUACAGUUUUCCAACCACAAAGAACUUAAAACGGACCAAACUCACAGCAACGCGAGUGCAUCCGCUCAAGCAGCUCUCCAAGCAGCCCAAGCCCUUUCAGGUACAAAUGAAACCCAAGGCGGCCCUAACACUGUCUUACGAGUUAUUAUCGAACAUAUGGUUUAUCCGAUUACCCUAGAAGUUCUAUAUCAAUCUCUAGAUGGACAGAACGUGUACAACUCCUGCUGCACGUUGCGCAUAGAAUACUCUAAACUGACGAAUCUGAACGUGAAAUACAACAACGACAAAUCGCGGGACUACACGAACCCAAGCCUGCCCAACGGCGAGAGCGGCCUGGACGGCGUAAUCCCCGAUCAGCUUUUGCCCCAGCUCCUCCUCACCGGCACAAACUCCCCCGUCGCCCUCCAGGCGGCCAGGCGCUCCCUCUCUCAGUCGGACCACACUCGCAUUUCAGCUCCUGGCAUGUUGGCUUCCCCUUUUACUCCAUUAGCGUUAAAUUCUCCCUUGGCUGCUUCCUACGCUGGAUCACCUGUUAGUGGACUCCCAAUUGGAGGAUUCACCCUCCCUGGCACUGGAGCCAACUCAGCACUUGGUGCAGGGCCACUGCGGCUAGCCAGUCAAGUUCCAGGCACUUGUGUUUUACUUAUAAGUGUAUACGGGGAUGUAUUACGCGUAAAAAUACUUUAUAAUAAAAAAGACAGUGCUUUAAUUCAAAUGGCAGAGCCUGCUCAGGCACAUCUUGCCAUGACCCAUAUGGAUAAACUUAGACUUUUUGGUAAACAAAUGCGAGUGAUGCCGUCCAAACAUCAAAUUGUUCAAAUGCCAAAGGAAGGUCAACCUGACGCUGGUCUCACUAAAGAUUAUACGAACUCACCUCUUCAUCGGUUCAAGAAACCAGGCUCAAAGAAUUAUCAAAAUAUUUAUCCGCCAUCUGCCACUCUUCAUUUAUCAAACAUUCCAGCAAGCGUAUCUGAAGAAGAAAUGAAACAAGCGUUCGAGGAAACUGGUUUUACAGUUAAGGGCUUCAAAUUCUUUCCGAAAGACAGGAGAAUGGCUCUUAUUCAGUUGGGCUCUGUUGAUGAGGCUGUCUCUGCAUUAGUGCUUGUUCCUCAUGUGGCACUUGUCAUACCCCCUUUCUCUCCACUCGAUGAUGUAAUCUAUAAGCUGAUCAAAAAGAAGUGA